AUGGCCAUCGCUGGUCCUGCCGCAGCAGCACUCGCCUCAUUGAAACCUGAUCAGGUUACUUUUCUACAAUCUCUUGAAAAAGCUGAACUUCAUGCCCACCUCAACGGUUCUAUACCCAUUGCGGUCAUCCAACAGCUUGGCAAGGAAUACGUAAACUCUCCAUCAUCCACACACGGCGAUGCAAUCUACGCCACGAUAGAACGACUCAUUUACGGUUCUGAGCUUGAGACGAUAGACGAUUUCUUUUCGGUAUUCCCAAUCAUCUAUCACUUGACGUCUACGCCUGAAAGCCUGGCUUGCGCGACGCGAGGUGUUCCGAAUGCUUUCCUGGACGGCGACCAUCCGCAAUGCAAUUAUCUUGAACUUCGUACGGGACCAAGAGAGAGACUGAAUACAUGA